GCAAAACAGUCUGCGUUGUUUCUCUAGCGCAUAAAGGAGCGAAAUAAAAAACAAUUAUUGUCAAUCAACAAAAUGGCAAGUGAAGAUUUAUUUCCAAAUGAGUUAACGGAGGAGACUGACUUGGCACAGGAGUUGCAAGGGAGUGAAGAGUUGAUGGACCACGAAAACGGCAACAACGACGACUACGAUGAUGAUGAGAAAGCGACUGACGAAGAUGGCACAACAACAAAUGUGGCCACCAAUGGCAAAGAAUUGAGUAAAACAACUACGAACGGUGGCAAGUCAGCUGAACACGAACAUGAAGCAAAAUUAACCCAGUUGCCUAUGGCUCGCAUUCGCAACAUAAUGAAACUCGAUCCAGACCUGCAAAUCGCAUCGAAUGAAGCUGUUUUCGCCGUAACCCGGGCUGUAGAAUUAUUUAUCGAGUCCUUGGCGCGCGAGUCCUUCUCAUAUACGGCACAGUCGAAGAAGAAGACUGUGCAGAAAAGAGACGUCGAACUAGCGAUAUCCGCCGUCGAUAGUCUUAUGUUCCUGGAUGGUGCCAUGAAUUUUUAAAUACAAUUCGCUUAUUUUAGUUAUGUGAUAAUAAAGUUGUUUAUAAGAAAAGGCCAUGUUUAGUUUGGUUGAAUUAUAAUUGGUAUUUAUUUGGGAUAGUGUCUGUUGUUCCACGAACAGUGAGAGAGAGAAGUAUGUAGAAUUAAAAUAAGUAUUAAAUUUUAUUCAUUCUAUUGUGAAUGCGCACAUUGAGGGUUAUAAUUUAUAAAUAAUAAUUAAGUAUGUAGUAUAUUAAACAAUUAUAGAUUAUCAUCAUUGAUCAGUUACCGACGUUACAACAUUCAAAUACGCAUUUAUAUUUUGUGUACAACGUUGAACGCUCUGAAUUUACAACGAAGCCGGGAGAAAAUUGGGUUUUUCUUUAAAUUUAUGUUUCUUCAUUUUUGUUUUUGUUUUGCAUGUUUUAUUUUUAUUGAAGCCGUUUUUCAUACUUACUUUGUCGUUGGGCGUUUCUGUUAUUUAUGCUUUAUUGUUUAUUUAAUUUGUUCUGCUCAUAAACUUAUUUGAAAAAUAAUUCCAAAACUUACGCUAACAUUUCUUUAGAAUAAUUAUAGGAUUUGUUUACUUUUCUUAUAUGGGGGUGUGUGAGUGUGUAUAAUGAUUUGUUG